AUGGAAUUUACUCCAGGAGUGGAAAAAAACAUCAAGCCAAUUGAUCGCAGAUCAGUUCAUCAGAUCUGUUCAGGCCAAGUGGUGCUGAAUCUAUGUACCGCUGUAAAAGAGCUGGUGGAAAACAGCCUAGAUGCUGGCGCUACUAACGUUGAAGUGAAGCUUAAAGAUUAUGGAGCGGAUCUUAUUGAAGUAUCUGAUAAUGGUUGUGGCGUAGAAGACGAAAACUUUGCAGGCUUGACACUGAAGCAUUAUACUUCCAAGAUCCAAGAAUUCUCUGAUCUCAUCAACGUGGAAACAUUCGGCUUCCGAGGUGAAGCUCUGAGCUCUUUGUGUGCGUUAAGCAAGGUUUCCAUUGUCACUUGUCACAAGUCGGCCAGUAUUGGGACACGGCUGGCGUUUGAUCACAGCGGGAAGAUCACCCAGAGAGUCCCUGUCUCUCGGCCACAGGGGACUACUGUCAGCCUCCAGCAGCUGUUUUGUACUUUGCCGGUCCGACACAAAGAAUUUCAGCGUAACAUAAAGAAGGAGUUUGCCAAAAUGGUUCAGAUACUGCAAGCGUACUGCAUCAUUUGCACUGGGGUUCGAAUUAAUUGCACCAAUCAAGUUGGUCAAGGGAAGAAGCAGGCUGUGGUGAGCACCAGUGGAAGUUCUACUUUAAAAGAAAACAUUGGUGCCAUAUUUGGACACAAGCAGGUACAAACCCUGAUUCCCUUUGUACAACUGCCCCCGAGCGGAGAAACCUGUGAAGAAUACGGCUUGAACGUUUCUGCUCUGCCCACCAAGCUUUAUACCAUCUCAGGAUUCGUUUCGCAGUCCAAUCACGGCGAUGGAAGGAGCACAACGGAUAGGCAGUUCUUUUUCAUUAACCAGCGGCCGUGUGACCCAGGAAAGGUUUCCAGACUUGUGAAUGAAGUCUAUCAUAUGUAUAAUAGGCACCAAUAUCCAUUUAUUGUUCUUAACAUCUGUGCAGAAUCUGGAUGUGUGGACGUCAACGUAACUCCAGAUAAAAGGCAGAUCUUGCUUCAAGAAGAGAAGCUUUUAUUAGCAAUCCUAAAAACAUCCUUGAUGGGGAUGUUUGGCACUGACGUUAAUAAACUGGUCGUCAAUCAAAAGCUGAUCGAUCUUGAAGGGAACUUGAAAAGCGUUCCCCGAAACGAGAGGGAAGCAUCUCCCUUGGGAACAUCCACCAGCCCUUCGCCUCCAGAUCGGAACGAGGCAUCCAGAAUAAACCUCGCCGUUGCUCGUCUGAAGGAGUCCUUUUCUCGCGGGAAAACAUCGGCUUUUCAAGACAGCGAGAAAGCCCCACCGAAAGAGAGGCCCCCCAAUUUAGGACUACGCCAGAUGUUUGCUGGUUUUUCAGCCUCUCCCCGAAAGAAAACCAUGCCUGGCAAGGCAUCCGAAGACGGGAAUGAGGUCAUUUCCAGGAAAUCCUGGCUUGCAGGCAGGAAGUUGGAGAACUCAACCGAAGAUACGGAUUCUGGUGUGGGGAGCGUCUCCGCCGAGUCAGAUGGCGGUUUUGGCACCCCAGAGAUGGGGGUCUGUUUUAGAGCUGAAAGCACGGCGGGUUCUCCCAAAGGAGAACCCCGUGUUUUUAGCGGAGGAAUUCAGAGCAGCGACGGUGGAUCUAGCGGGGUUUUCUGGCCCUCCGAACCAAACCAGGGCAAAGAAGAUAAUAGCUUCUCUCAGCCAGCCAUUUUCUCUCCCAAGGCAAAACGUUUUAAGAUCCAUCAAGCUGUUUCCCCCAACUUCUCGGAGAGAACAGCCGAGCAGGAUUCGCAACCCUUGUACGACAUCCCGGUAAAAAUGGAAAAGAGGACGGUGCCUUUAGCCGUCUCUUGGAGCACCUUGGCGGACCGAAUCCGGAGGCAAAUAAAGCGCCAGGAGACGGACGGAGAAAUGCUGAAAUUCAGAAAGUUUAGGGCAAAGAUUAGCCCGGAAGAAAACAAAAUGGCGGAGGACGAGUUAAGAAAGGAAAUCAGCAAAGAGAUGUUUGCUAAAAUGGAUAUAGUUGGCCAGUUUAAUCUGGGAUUUAUCAUCGCCAAGCUGAAAUCGGACCUCUUUAUCAUUGAUCAGCACGCUACCGAUGAAAAAUACAACUUUGAGAUGUUGCAAGAGCACACCACCCUGCAGGGGCAGAAGCUCAUCAAGCCUCAAAAUCUUAAUUUAACGGCUGUGAGUGAAAGUAUCUUGAUGGAUAAUCUGGAGAUUUUCCAAAAAAAUGGAUUUGAUUUUGUGGUGGAUGAAAAUGCUCCUGUAACUCAGAGAGCGAAGCUCAUAUCUUUACCAACCAGCAAAAACUGGACAUUCGGUCCUCAAGACAUAGAAGAAUUAAUCUUCAUGUUAAGCGAUUCUCCGGGAAUCAUGUGUAGGCCAUCCAGAGUGAGGCAAAUGUUUGCUUCUAGAGCCUGUCGAAAAUCUGUGAUGAUUGGAACCGCACUCACGGCCGGUGAAAUGAAGAAGCUGAUUACUCACAUGGGUGAAAUUGAGCAUCCUUGGAACUGUCCGCACGGCAGGCCCACCAUACGACAUUUAGCCAACCUGGACCUCAUCACACAAGAGUGACAGGCUACUAGCACUUAUUUUAUUGUGGAAUGCAAACCAUGAUCUAGUUUGCAUCGGAGCUCUCGGUUUUGCUGGACCAGAAGCUGAAAUCAUGGUUUUGUGUUGCAAAAGAAGAAUGUGUUUUUUUUCUCUCUCCCUCUUUCUUUCUCAAACGGGUUUGGUUCAUAUAGACACGAUAACUUUCCAUCCUCUGCCCUCUGAAAGAAGACUUUUUCACAUUUUUGUUGAAAAAGCAGCCAGAAAACAGGACUGGUUUUAUUGCUACCUUUGUAUAAAUAUUGGCUUUCUGUCCCUUUUAUUGAUUUCCUCUGGACAGUAAGAAUUAAAUGUACAUAGUAGGCUCUUUGGAUGACUUCCUGCUUUAGACCAGAUCCAUUUUGUAAAUAAAGAUUUUUAU